AUGAAUGCUCAGCUGUCGAUGGAAUGUAUUGGCGAUCUGCACGGAGUGAGCCAUGAACAGGUGCCCGCCACGGCUGACCUGAUGAGCAGCAACAGUCCUCAUCACAGGAGCCCGGUGACCCAUCGCAGCAACCACUUGUCAGUCCACCCGCGCUCAAUGGGCAUGACCUCAAUCCUAGACAGCGGCGACUAUCAUCCCCACCGACCCACGGAUCACGGUCUGGCCGGUCACCUGCACCCGGCUAUGACCAUGGCUUGCGAGGUUCCUCCCGGAAUGAACAUGAGCAGCACUUACACCACGCUGACUCCCUUGCAGCCGCUACCUCCCAUCUCGACCGUCUCGGACAAGUUUCCCCAUCACCACCACCACCAUCACCACCAUCACCACCCCCAUCAGCGGAUCCCAGGGAACGUGAGUGGCAGCUUCACUCUGAUGAGGGACGACAGAGGUCUGGCUCCGAUGAACAAUCUCUAUGCCCCGUACCACAAGGAUGUUGCCGGCAUGGGACAAAGCCUGUCCCCCUUAUCAGGAUCCGGUUUGGGCGGUAUACACAACUCCCAACAGGGGCUGCCGCCUUAUGCACACCCGGGUGCCACCAUGCCCACGGAGAAAAUGUUAACGCCUAACGGAUUUGAAGCUCACCAUCCUGCCAUGCUAGCCAGGCAUGGGGACCAGCAUAUGACUGCAUCCUCGGGGGGCAUGGUGCAGAUUAAUGGUAUACACCACCACCCGCACCACCUGAGCGGGCAAACCCACGGCCAGGUCCUGGGCGCAACCCGGGAGCAAAUGUCUUCAUUGCCCGGAUCGCAGGUCAGCAACGGAGGCAGUGCAGGGCAAAUGGAAGAAGUCAAUACCAAAGAAGUAGCACAGAGGAUCGCCACUGAGCUAAAACGGUACAGCAUCCCCCAGGCCAUCUUUGCCCAGAGGGUCCUGUGCCGAUCGCAGGGCACCCUCUCCGACCUCCUAAGGAACCCAAAGCCGUGGAGCAAGCUAAAGUCCGGUCGCGAGACUUUCAGGAGAAUGUGGAAAUGGCUGCAGGAGCCUGAAUUCCAAAGAAUGUCCGCUCUCAGGCUCGCAGCGUGUAAGAGGAAGGAACUGGAGCAGGGGAAGGGAGAGAGAGGGAGCCUCUCCAAGAAGCCCAGGCUGGUCUUCACUGACGUCCAGCGCCGGACAUUACAUGCAAUAUUCAAAGAGAACAAGCGUCCGUCCAAAGAAUUACAGAUCACCAUCUCACACCAGCUGGGUCUGGAGCUCACGACCGUCAGCAACUUCUUCAUGAAUGCCCGGCGGAGGAGCCUGGAUAAGUGGCUGGACGAAGGGGGCCUGAUCUCGGGCAACUCCUCUUCCUCAUCAAGCACUUGUACCAAAGCAUGA